GCUGUCGUCACCAUGCAAGCCGGGUGAGUUGUUUGACAUGAAAGAUUCUGUGGCUCUUCCGAUGGCGGGUGCGGAUGACGGUCAAUGAUAAUUUACCGCAAGCGGUAAAAAAAAGUAAAGGCUCUAUGACAACACCGGCUCGCAGAGAAGGAGGCCGCCUCAGUUGUUACUGGUACGUUACUUUAGAGGUAGAAGUCGCGGAAAAAGAGAAAAGGCAGCCGUGUCAUUCAGCUGGCAGUUAUUGGUUAGCUAACGUUAUCCGUAAGUUAGCACAGCUAAGAUAGCUACCUAAAGCUGUUUCAUGGGUGCUCUGUGGCAAGUGACUAGCCAAAUGAGAUGGACAGCAUGAUAAGUUUUUGAAAUCUAUGAUAUCAUAACAUACAUUUCAUUCAUGAUCACCCACUUGUGUAAAAAUCUUCCUGUCUGUGGAUAGCCACCGUUAGCCAGCUAGCUAAUGUCAAAAGUGAACACCUAGUCAAAGUUAUGAGUAGUUUCCCGAAUAAGUCGCCCUUUAUCAGCCCUCCGCUCAGUCCUGGCGGUGGAGUGUCGUCCAUUAACAAUAACAACAGAGAGUGGGGUCUGGGAAACGAGAUGUUUGUCUGCUCCUAUGACGAGUCGUCAAUUGGGGCAGGGAUGCACGCGGUGCAGUCGGGUUUUGACAGACACCUGCCGCUGCUCCAGAACAGCCACCAGCUAACAUUAAACCAGCGUGAUAAGAUGCUGGACGAAUCUUACCCUCAUAACAGCGACGGGGGUUACUUUAACUACGGGACCACCCGCACCCUCAACUACAGGGAAAACGACGGAAAUGUUGCCCCGCCAGAGAGCAGAAAAAGGCAUCGCUCCAACAGUUCCCGACAGCGCUUCGAAGUCGUCACCGAAUUGGGCCCGGAGGAGGUCCGAUGGUUCUACAAAGAGGACAAGAAGACUUGGAAGCCCUUCGUUGGGCACGACUCUUUAAAAAUCGAGGUAGCGUACCGUAAAUACUGUGAGUUGAAUCCUGGCAUAUUCAGCCGGGCAUGUCCCGCGGGUAACGAAACACAGGACACGCAAGAAACGGCCACUGGCUCAGCAGUAUUGGACGGACCACAGAGAGAAGUGCCAACGCAAACUGCGCCAAGAACUAUAGCGCAUGGCAGAAUAGAAUCUGUCGAGCGGUCCGAAUCAUCGGAAGAGAGAGACUUGGACAGUAUAAAUAUCAGCGUAGAAGCAGUCUGUGUGAGAGGGGGUCUCUACGAGGUGGAUGUCAGAGAGAAGGAGUGCUAUCCAGUCUACUGGAAUCAGCAGGACCGCAUCCCUGUGAUGCGCGGCCAGUGGUUCAUUGACAGCACGUGGCUACCUAUGGAGGAGGAGGAGAGCGACCUGAUCGAGGCCGAGCACCUCGCACACUUCCGGGGCCAGCAGAUGCAGGACACCUUUGACUCGGACGCCGACGUGGUGGCCAAGACCGUCGACAGCAAGGAUGUUCUCUCCCACCUGCCCCCGUUCUACCUCACCUUUCUGUUCAAAUGGAGAGGAUAUCAGACGAGCACUAAAACUACAUGUCACAAGCGCAAGCGCUGCCAAGCCAUCCACAGUGUGAAGCUGAGCAGGAGCCAUGUUGACUGGCACUGUGUGGACGAGGUCUACCUGUACAGUGAUGCCACUACCUCAAAGAUCGCCCGCACAGUUACGCAGAAACUGGGCUUCUCCAAAGCCUCCAGCAGUGGUACGCGGCUGCAUCGGGGCUACGUGGAGGAGGCAUCUCUGGAGGACAAGCCUCCUCAGACCACGCACAUCGUCUUCGUCGUCCAUGGCAUCGGCCAGAAGAUGGACCAGGGGCGCAUCAUCCGCAACACGGGCAUGAUGAGGGAAGCGGUGCGUAAGAUGGAGGAGAAGCACUUUGCGGAACACAUAGAGGAGCAUGUGGAGUUUCUGCCUGUGGAGUGGCGCUCUAAACUGGCCCUGGAUGGAGACACUGUGGACUCCAUCACACCCGACAAGGUGCGAGGGCUCCGAGAUCUGCUCAACAGCAGCGCCAUGGACAUCAUGUACUACACCAGCCCCCUGUACAGGGACGAGAUCACCAAGGGCCUGACUCAGGAGCUGAACCGGCUCUACUCGCUGUUCUGCUCGCGGAACCCGGAGUUCGAGGCGAAGGGUGGGAAGGUGUCGAUGGUGUCGCACUCGCUGGGCUGCGUCAUCGCCUACGACAUCAUGACGGGCUGGGACCCCGUGCGCUUCAUCCAGCAGGAGCAGCAGGAGCUGGAGCAGGAGGAGCAGCGCUGGGUCAGCUACGAGGAGCGCCACCUGCUGGAGCAGCUGCACAUCACACGCCACAGGUUACGGGAGCUGGAGGAGAAGCUACAGGGGUUAGAGGCCUCCAAACCUCUCGCCUCCCCUGCCCUGAUGUUCAAGGUGGAGAAUCUGUUCUGCAUGGGCUCUCCUCUGGCCGUGUUCUUGGCGCUGAGGGGCAUCCGGCCGGGCACCAGCGGCCUGCAGGACCACAUCAUGCCCGCGACCAUCUGCACACGCCUCUUCAACGUCUUCCACCCCACCGACCCUGUGGCCUAUCGACUGGAGCCUCUCAUCCUGAAGCACUACAGCAACAUAGCACCCGUCCAGAUCCACUGGUGUAACACCACCAACCCCACCCCUUACGAUGAGAUGCGCAUCACCUUCCUCAACCCGACGAAGGACUCUGUGUCGGACACGGAGAGCAUCCCGAGCCCCAGCACCUCUCCGGUGAUGCCACGACGCCACUACGGCGAGUCCAUCACCAACCUGGGCAAGGCGGGCAUCAUGGGCGCUGCCAGCAUUGGGAAGGGCAUCGGGGGCAUGAUCUUCUCCCGCUUCUCGCGCUCCAGCAGCCAGCCGGCAGGCGUGGGCACGGACACCGGGCUCUCCGAGAGCGACGAGAAGAACCAGGACCAGGAGCCCAACCCCAACCCCAACCCAGCUCAGAGCCACACACACACCCACACGCAGAGCCAGUCAGCCUACGGCCUCUCCACCAUGUCCCAAUCCACCUCCAACUCCACCAUCAUGGAUACUACAUUGGAGCUGGAGCAUCGCAUCGACUUCGAGCUGCGCGAGGGCAUGGUGGAGAGCCGCUAUUGGUCAGCAGUGACCUCGCACACAGCCUAUUGGUCAAACCUGGACGUGGCGCUCUUCCUGCUCACGUUCAUCUAUGAGCAGAGACAGUCCGCGCAGUCACCGGAGGAGCCCAGCCACGAGUCUGCCUGAUGGGGAACACUGUGGACACACACACACACACACACACACACACACACACACACAGAUCGAACUGUGGACCUAUUAACUCUUUUACUCACCUAUUCCCCUUACAAACACACACACACACUCACACACACACAUUCAGACAGACACACGCUAACAUAUAUGGCACUGUGGACACACACACACAGUAGACUGUUCCAGGUCAUCCUGGUGUCCAUCCUGCUCCCUCCAUACGUUGGACAGUCCGUCUCUUCUCCUCUUCCACUAAAUGCUUCAGUCGCCUCUCUGUCCCGUGAAGGACUGUACAGCUGGUCAGAUGUCUUCUCUAAGGAUGCACGCCCAGAAACACCAGCAUGGACGAUAUGGAUGUGGGCUCUGCGUUUGGAGAGGCGUUUACCACGGUUGUGUGUGUCUAAAGCCAUGUCCUGGUCAAAAACAUCUGGACCUUACAAAAAUGCAUAUUACCAGAACUGUGUAUCAGCUACAAUGGACCUGAUGACAAAAAAGUGACACACUUGAAUGCACACACACACACACACACACACACACACACACACACACACACACACACACACACACACACACACACACACCCUCUUCUUUGAUGUCCUCCUAUCUCUCUCCCAUGUAUAAUCUUCCUGUGUCAGGGAGCAUGACCUCAUGUAGAACUCUGAGAUGGAGGAGAGUGAUGAUGGCCGAACCUGUGCAAAGCAAAACAAACUUCUGUAACCAUGGUAACCAUGCAAACAUACAAUACAAAUGUCAAAGGGGUCAAAAGAUGUAUUUAUUUAUCUAGAAAUUAAUAUAUUUCCCUAUGAAACAGUCUUGAUCAGUUAAGCUUCCGUUUUUUUUUUUUUUUUUUUUGCACCAUUUUGACUAAAGUGAGACUAAAAUGUUUAAAAAAGCAUAUUUUUACCUUUCCUAUUCCAGAUUAUAGUGGACCUUGAUAUAAUCAAGCAUGAAGUAGCUGUCAAACAUCUCACCAAUGUUUAACGACAGAAAAGAUGUCUUCAGAUUCUGCUCAAAAGCAAUGCCCUUUUUUUUAACUUCACAAACUGAUGGUGCUGAUAUUUCAGCCUGCUGGCUUUCCAUGAAGUAGAUCUACCUUCUCGUCUUUGUUUGUCUUGGUUGUGGUCUGCGCUAUCUUGCCAUUGUUGAGAUGGCACACUGGGCAUUUAUCAACUCCCCUGCCUCGUUACAGUAGAUGGCCGCUCAGCAGUGCAUCUUGGGCCUGCUCUCAUUAACUGCAUGCAUGUCUGAGGCAAGUCUAUAUAGGGCUGUGGGACUUCUGUUUUCACUCUCUUGAAAAAGCAUCCAAAGCAAAAGCUAGCUGCAGUCCAGCUCGCUGUUUCUGCUGUAGAGUUGACCUCUGUGGACAGGUCCGACGUGCUCCUUACAGGGGCACCAGCAACCCUCUUUGGGUCGCGCCGAUGCCUGCAUUUGCAGUGGCCGUCCAAUUGCCAUGACGACAGUGUGGCUGGAAUCAGCAUCUGCGUGGGGCGUUUAGAAGUGGUUUGGAGGUCGUAAUGGCCCCUCAGCCAGCCUUGACCAGCUCCCAUCCUCCAGCGCACUCUUGAAUGGCACUGAAAAGGUCACGCUGUGUGUUUUCACGGCUCAGAGACAGGAACACACCACUGGGGAGGGAGGGCGGUCAGCGUCGUGAGCGGCUCGCCGGAGCAGUGGAAUUGGUCCGUCAUGCGACUGCAGGUUAUUCAGAGGCCGCCAACACUUUCUGUCCCUUUGAGGUCCACACUAGAGACAGAGACGUGAUUGGUCACUGGAUCAACAUCACGCCAACCUUGAAAGGUCAUCCGAGGUCAGUCAGUGCCACUGGGAGACAUGUCCAAUCCAUUAUGUGGCUAGGUCAGCACAUAGAGGGAGAUGACCAAUACGUUGUCACCAUCCUUCGUGCCAUUUUCGAGGACCAAUCAGAGAUGUUAUAUUUCAGGUGUUGGCAUGCGAUUGGACGGUGAAAACAGAGCAUUAUUAUAAUCACUGCACAAAAAGUCAGCCCUUGGUUACUACUGUUUACAUAAACACUCCAAAUCACUUAAACUCAAGAGAAUAUAUGUUUUGUAGUCUUGACUUUUUCCGUUUAAAUCUUACGGCAGCAUUGAAGUCUGUACUUGUCCUGGAGUGGGACGCCACGCCACGCCACGCCACGCACCGUGUCCCUGUCUGUUGCUCAGUGUGGAAGAUGGCGUGUUUUCGUUGUGGGGACGCACAGAUAAACCCCCGCUAAAGUCUAGGGCUCCGAUGUUGUCUUCUAAGGACCUCUCAGGUGUCAAAAGAACUAAUAUGCAAAGACACUGGUCACUGGUAAGGGCUGUUAACGGUGGCCGAUUGGUUACAGAGACAUGCAUUUAUGUUAAUAUAGAUUACUGUUUCUUAGUGUUUUUUUGUUUGUUUAUGUACAUGAUUUCACUGGAAGGGCAAGUAGAAGAUCCAUUUAUUUCUUUUUAAGGCUUUAUAAUGAAGAGACUCCUGUUCACAUGUAGACUGGUUGAACUGUUUUUGUGUUAGUUUGUUUGUUUGUUUGUUUUGUUUUUUAUGUGAUGUGUUCAUCUCAUCGUUGUUCUGGAGAUCUGUUCCGAUCCAGACUCUUUGUAUCAUAUCAGAACCUGCUCCAUUCCUGCCCAUUCUGAUCCGGUUCCUCGCGUCUCUGUGGUAGCUGAACCGACGUCUCCACUGCUUGGGGUCACUGUUGCUGCUUGCAUGUUGAGUGUGUGAGUGAUGGCUUACUUUGAUAUCACCAACUGGACCAGAAUGCCUUCCCGGGCCCACAGUACCUAUUUCAGGCCCAACCCAAGUAGCCGGUGACUCUGAAACGGCUCCGACCCAGAUUUGACCGGAGUCAAAUAAAUCUAGAUGACGGGGUUGGACUCCGAUCUGGAUCUGCCCCAACGCUCCUGGGUCAGUUGCAGAGUGACCGGCUAUAUGGACACAUAGUGGAUUCCCUAUGAAGCACUUACAUGUAUUCUGAUGUAGUCGUGUAGCUGUUGGUAAUGAGGGACAUGACAGACCAUGCAAAAACUUGCACAAGCUGAAUAGCACAGCCUUGAAUUGCACAGAGAAGAAGCUUUAGAAGAAAAUAAUGGGCCUUACCCUCGUUGUCAUGUCUGGUCCUGUCCUGAUUUGUCACCAUUACAGCUUCAUCGCAGUGACCAGACGAUCAGUGAUUAGAUCAGUGAUGAGAUGCUAUAUAUAUAUUAUAUAUUACACACACACACAGUAGAUAUAUAUAUAUAUAUAUAUAUAUAUAUAUAUAUAUAUAUAUAUAUGCCAAUAUAUACAGUAUAAUACAAUAUUUUGUUCCAUUUCAAAAUGGCAUGCAAGUGACUUGUUAUAUUUUUAUACUAACAGUGAGAAUAUUGUACCAUAGGCAGCCAUAUAGCGCUGCAAGCACACUGAUCUAUCCUCCCCUGCAUGCCCCGGCUGUUUGUCUGGCCGGGUAUGUUUAGCUAGUUUGUGAUGAUGGCUAAACCUUUAACAUGACCCCCCUUUAAGAGCUAUUAGAUCAGCCAUUGCUUUCAGUAUUACAAGCACAUAAACAACGCUAGGCCACUGAUUUCCAGAAAUGCCUCAUAUUUCAGAUGACGACUUGGUCAAACUGGACCUCAACGUUGGAGCGUUUCCAGAGAAAAGCUUUGUGUGAUUGUUUCUGAGGGCUUAUGACGUCAAAGAUGUUUGAUAAUCACAAACUGUUUUCUUUUUUCUUUUUGUCUUUUUUCUAUGCCCCCGUCAUUCAGCAUUCUUCAUGUAGUUCAUCCUGUUUAGGGUGAGCAUUAUCCUUUGUUAUGCCAUGCACAAUAUCUGCCCUGUCUCUUUUGUUUGCGUGUCAAUAUGAGGCUGAUGUCCAGGAAUGAAUGGCUGCGUUUCACUCUGACCUGCAAGAGCCUGUGUUUGGACUGUGGCCAACUGUGUUCUAGAAUGUGUCUGCAUUGAGAUUCCAUCUGAUGAUGUCAUUGCUGUUUCUUGUUCUUCUCAGAUGAACGAAAACUAAAGCUGUUCUGAUGUUACUGUUACUUGGAUGUUUUGAUGGGAGAAGCUCGAUAAGGAGAUUGUGCAAUAAACCAUGGUGGCAAUGGACCCAAACUGCCAUUCGAAACACUGUAUUACUAA